AUGAUUUUUUUGAUAAAAAAACAACAGGCUGAACAAAGUCGUCAAGCAAAUGUUAUUGCAGCAGAAGGUGUUGCUCGUACAGCUGAUUUGAUUGGCAAAGUUUUAGAUGGAACUGGUGAUGAUAAAUUUUCGAAUGUCUUUCAUUAUCUUGUCUUACUUUUAAAUUUUACCUAUCGACGUGAAAAAAUUGAUGUAAGAGGCGAAUGUUUAAAACUUGUACCAGCUGAAAAUGUACAACAAAAUACUGUUGAAAUAAUUAAGCAAGAAAUAAAAAGCAAUCAAAAUUAUACAAAUGCUCGAUUUCGUUCACCACUUGCCAAUUAUUUACUACAUUUGGUUACACCUCAAGUAGCUACAGCUCAUUUUCAACUUGUUUUACCAUGUGAUCAUCGUUUUGGUAUUGAUUCAAUUCCAAUAGGUUCAAUUCUUCUUGGAAAUUCAUACUAUGGUUUAAGAAAACCACCAGAUCAAUCUCGUUCAUCAUUAUUGUAUGUUACUGAUUUAUAUAUUAUGGCUAUUCUACAUGGUUUUUCUGUUGGUGGACAUAUGGCUUCAUUAGCAUUUACAAAAUGGCCUGAUCCACCUUGUCGACAAUUCUAUGAAAAUAAAGCCUCUCAAACAUUUUAUGAUUAUUUACAUGAACGAAAUUGA